UCGUCUCUUUCAGCUUGAUCAUCUCUCUCUUCUCUUCCGGCGGUAGGUAGUGACUAUUGAACACUGUCCGGCGACCGAGGAGGUAUUAGUUGCAAAUAUCACAAUGGCUCCAGCAGCUGCUACAGCAUCUUCAGACUCGAUCAAGCCUAGAGAUGUUUGCAUUGUUGGUGUUGCAAGGACGCCUAUGGGUGGUUUUCUUGGUUCUCUCUCAACCUUGACAGCCACCAAGCUUGGCUCUAUAGCUAUUCAAAGUGCUUUGGAAAGGGCUAAUGUUGACCCAUCACUUGUGCAAGAAGUUUUCUUUGGGAAUGUGCUCAGUGCGAAUUUGGGGCAGGCUCCCGCUAGGCAAGCAGCAUUAGGAGCAAAAAUACCUAACACAGUUGUUUGUACCACUAUUAACAAAGUCUGUGCUUCUGGCAUGAAAGCAACUAUGCUUGCCGCACAAAGCAUUCAAUUGGGCAUCAAUGAUGUUGUGGUGGCUGGUGGGAUGGAAAGCAUGUCUAACUGCCCCAAAUACUUGGCAGAAGCAAGGAAAGGAUCUAGAUUUGGGCAUGAUAGCCUAGUUGAUGGAAUGUUGAAAGACGGAUUAACGGAUGUUUAUAAUGAUUGUGGUAUGGGAGUUUGUGCGGAACUAUGUGCUGAUAACCAUACAAUAUCAAGAGAAGAUCAGGAUAAUUUUGCUAUUCAGAGUUUUGAGCGUGGUAUUGCUGCUCAAGAGAAUGGUGCUUUUGCAUGGGAGAUUACUCCUGUGGAGAUUUCAGGGGGUAGAGGAAGGCCAUCAACAAUUGUUGACAAAGAUGAAGGCCUCGGGAAGUUUGAUGCUGCAAAGUUAAGGAAGCUCAGACCAAGUUUCAAAGAGACAGGAGGUACCGUCACUGCUGGGAAUGCUUCUAGCAUAAGUGAUGGUGCUGCUGCUCUAGUCCUAGUGAGUGGAGACAAAGCCCUCCAGCUAGGGCUACAUGUGAUUGCCAAGAUUACAGGCUAUGCUGAUGCUGCUCAGGCACCAGAAUUGUUCACAACUGCGCCAGCCCUUGCGAUACCAAAAGCAAUUUCAAAUGCUGGUUUAAACGCCUCUCAAGUCGAUUUCUAUGAAAUUAAUGAAGCCUUUGCAGUGGUGUCCCUCUCAAAUAUGAAGCUUCUUGAACUUGACCCAGCAAAAGUUAAUGUACAUGGUGGAGCAGUUUCUUUGGGACAUCCCCUAGGUUGCAGUGGAGCCCGUAUUUUGGUCACACUUUUAGGGGUUCUGAAGCAGAAAAAUGGUAAAUAUGGAGUUGGUGGUGUCUGCAAUGGAGGAGGAGGUGCAUCAGCACUUGUUGUGGAGCUUGUGUAAUAUUCCAUUUUGAUGUAUGUUAGUUGAGGAUAAUGUAUUCGCAUGGAGGGGGUCUUAUCGAUUGAGAAGUGACAUUUGACGCCACCAUUUCUUUUUUGUAUGGUUACCCCCCACCAACAAGUUGUGGAUUAGUGUUGUUUUUAUUUAAAUCUUAACUAGUAGAAUAAUCAUGUUUAGUUCUGAAAUCCACUUUCAUUACAUUUUAAGGCUCGUUACAUCUUCUUCGUAGUUUGUCUUGUUUUUUAUUUUUGUUUUGCGACAUUUAUCAAAAUUAAAAAUCACCCUUUCUUGA